AUGACACAGCUGUUCCGGUUCAUCGGUGCCGCUUUCCCGAAUUUCGACGCAGCAACUAAAGCUUCUGGAUUCACCAUCGUCGCUGCCUUUACAUAUGCAGGAUAUAUGAUUCCCAAGCCCGACAUGCACCCUUGGUUCGUUUGGUUCUUCUGGAUCGACCCUAUAGCCUACGCGUUCGAAGCAUUGCUCGCGAACGAGUUCCACGACCAAGUGAUUCCUUCUGUGGGCCCAUUCCUGGUUCCAAAUGGCGAAGGAUAUAGCCCCGAAACAGGAGGCGGACAAGUAUGCACCGGCGUCCGUGGUGCGCCUCCUGGAGCAACCAGCGUUACUGGUGACCAAUACCUAGCUUCUAUGUCCUUAAGCCAUAGUAACCUUUGGCGCAACUUUAGCAUUCUCUGCGCCUAG